CUCAAUUUGUUUGCACUCUCAACUCUCAACAAUUGAAGCCCAUUUACCCUUUUCUUUUUUUGUCUUUGCAUAUCAAUCUUGAACUCACCAGUACCUCCUUUUGGCUUCUUUGUUGGUGCCUCAUUGAUGGCCCUGACCCUAAGCUCUAUGAAGCCUCUCAAGCUGAGUUAGACCCUAGACCCUCUUUGUUAGGGUUUAAAAGCCAAAUAUUGUCUUUAUAGUCUCUUUUAGGCUGUUUUACUUGCAACCUAGUUGCUGGCUGCUGUUUGUUUGCUUGAUAGAGAGGAUAGUUUGGAUAAAGUUUGUGUCUUGUGGGAGAUUUUCAAGCAAAGGAAAAAAUGUUGAUAGAAACCGUAAAGUUGAGAUUUUGAGCUCUUUUGGGGAGGUUAUCAGUAUGUCUGCAAAUGAUGAUGCUUUUGUGGCAUGGGAGGAGCAUAUUAUAUGCCAUGAACGUGGUAGCCGUGUGGUUCACUAUCACUUGAAGGAUACGUUUGGGGAUUUAGUUCUUGCUGUUAUAGGGACUGAGAGAAGCAUAAGGCACAUGACAUAUGUAGUUUCCGACGAGUUCUUGGAAGCCUAUGGGUCCAACGAGUCCAUCAAUGCAUCUACGAAAUGGAGAGCCCGGCGAGAAGUUGUGGACUGGUUGACAUCGAUGGUAUCAAAUGAAGGAUCCCCUCUACAUGUUUCGAAUGCACAGAUAAAUGGCUCAGCUCAAGGUUCAGGCUCACUUGGAGCAUCAAUUACUGGAUUGUGUUCUUCUAAAACCUAUUUACCAGUUCGGAUGGCUCGAAGCAAAUUGAAGGUUCAGAAUCCACACAUUAAGUGGUCUGGUGCUGCAUGGAUAUGUGCUAAAGAACUCAGGCACUACCCAGCCUUUUUUAGGAAUGGGACUUCCAUAACUGUCCAUUCCUUUGUGUUCAUAAUGGCUGAAGAAAAAAGCCGCUACCUUGGAUACCUGGAAGAUAUGUAUGAAGACAAGAAGGGGCGGAAAAAGGUAAAGGUGCGAUGGUUUCACCACAACCAGGAAGUCAAGGGUGUAAUUCCUCAACUGAAUCCUCACCCCCAAGAAGUUUUUAUCACACCUAAUGUCCAAGUGAUCAAUGCAGAGUACAUUGAUUGCCCGGCAACAGUAUUGACACCCAGGCAUUAUGAUAAAUGCGUGGCUGUUGUUCCACAUGCAUCAACGCUUGGUAUCCACAUGUGCUUUAGGCAGUUUAAAAACAACAAGAUCAAGCCAUUUGCUCUUACUAAAUUGCAUGGAUACUCUAAUCAAGGAAUCCUCUCUGCUUUGGAUGGAUCUAUUGUCCCCGAGCAAAAGGUUAGGUACCAUAAUCAGUACAAGGAAGAUGAUGAAGAAUUGACCCAUGAUAACUGUACCAGAGUGGGUAGCAAGAGAAAUAGAACUUCCAAGGAGCAAGACAGACUUGAGAGUAGAUCAGAUCUCAGAAAUUGGGGCUGUGGAAAUCCGAUAGCAAAAUGUAAAUCAGGAUACCCAAAACUGAAGCUACGGUUAUCGAAGAAAACCAUGGGCAUUGAAUUUGUUAUGCCCCAGUCCAAAUGUCCUGCUCCUUUCAAAGUGAAUGAAAAGAUAGAGCUGCUCUGCCAAGAUAGUGGCAUUCGAGGCUGCUGGUUUAGAUGUAAGGUCUUGCAGGCCUCUCAGAAGCAUCUGAAAGUCCAAUAUGAAGAUAUCAAGGAUGUGGAGGGAUCUGGAAAUCUAGAGGAAUGGGUCCCUUCUUCUAGAGUGGCUGCUCCUGAUAAACUUGGCAUGAGAUGUUUUGGGCGCCAGACAAUCCGGCCACAUCCUCAGAAUCAUUCUGCUGAAAAUGUUUUUGAGGUUGGAACACCAAUUGAUGCAUGGUGGAGUGAUGGGUGGUGGGAAGGCAUUGCAGUGGGAGUAGACAUCUCUGGAGGUGACUGUCUACGAGUUUACCUCCCUGGUGAAGGCAAGUUCCUGGCUGUCCCAAGGAAGAACACGAGGAGUUCCAGAGAUUGGGUUGAUAACAAAUGGGUUGAUGUAAUGGCAAAGCCUGAUAUACUCCAUUAUCUAUCCUCAGAUGCCAUUUCAAGCAUCAAGCUCGAGGCACAAGGGUGUGAUAGUGCUGCAUCACUGGAGCACAAAGUUGCCAAAACUUCCAGACUUGAAGCUAUUGAAGAAGAUGAACCUUUACCUGGUUCAGUUGUGUCUUAUGACCUCAAAAAUGUAAAGGAGGUCUAUUUGAGACAGAGGCCUGAUGUAAAUGAGAAGGAUGAGCUAAAAAUACAUGGAGGUGUUGAUAAUGAUGAUGUUAGUGGUGAUUGUGAUGGUGAGGAGAAAGCGAACAUUGCUGCUGAUGGUGGUGGUGAAGAGAAUGCUGGGAAUAACACUGGGUUGCUAUUGGAGGAUGAUCUUAAAUCUGUUAACAAGACAAGUGAAGCAGCGAAAGCUUUAGAAAUGAUCAACCAAGCUGCAUGAAUAAUAGAUGGCACAGUUAGACUGAAGUUUUAACUCUGAAGGUAUCUUGAAGGUGGUUAGAUGGCUUCCUGUAUAUAAAGAUAGAGAAAGGGUUGUCAAAGCUAUGUAUCAGAAGCCUUGCAAGUUUCUCUAAAUUCAAGAGAAUUGACAGGUGUAUAGGAAUGCAAACCAACUUUUAUCGAAAUCAACUUGUUGUCAGAAGAUGAUAGGUUUAGAACUUUGACGGGAUCAGUUAAGCUAGACAGUAGCUCGGCUCAAUCAUAGAAUAGUUUAUGCAGCGGUAUCAGUUCAAUCUUAGGAUAGUCUGUAAUAGUUUGUGUUUUGGUUUGCACUGGGUGGUAAAUGCCAGUGAACGAUGGUGUAUGUGCAACUUAAGAAUGCCCUUUUGUGUCGUAUAGGCUUAUGUUACAGUACGCGUCUGCAUUUUGGUCGUAGAGGCUUAUUUUUACAGUUUAGUUUCAAGGUUUAACUGUAAAGGUUACAAGGUUGUUUUUGUAUGGAGAAAGAAAUAAAAUGUCAUAGCAGUUGUUAUUUCUA